AUGGCCGUCUCAGACAGAUACUCCCUCGCCGUCCUCAUUAUCUUCAUCACCCUUUCUAUCCCCACACUAUUCGUCACAUUUAAACACGGCGUACGAGGAUGGGCAAUUCUCGGAUGGGGCUAUCUCUUCAUAUUUUGCAGUUUGAAGAUUAUCGGCUCAGGCAUGGCCUUGGGCGACCCUGAGAGCAGCGGCGCCACCAUCGUCUCAAGCGUCGGCUUGUCACCUAUCCUACUCGCACUUUCUGGUGUUCUACAUGAAGCUCGAUUCUACCACAUCAGCCCCUCUAAGCGCAGCGCAAAUCACAAGCGAGACCUCAUUUUCGUCCUCAUGUUCCAUAUGUUCACCAUGCUCGGCGUCGUCCUCAUCGCGAUUGGCAUGUCCCGCCUCAUGAAUCACGCCCCUCUCGACGACGUCCCCAAAGGCUGGACCCUCGCCAAGGUCGGCGCCGUUAUUCUCUUCCUCAGCUGGGUAACUCUCGCUGCAGGUGCCGCCUUGACCGUUUUUCAAGGCUACAUGCGCAAUGAUGGCCGCCCUCAGAAAAAGUCCGCCGUCAUGCUCCUCACAGCAGUCCUCUUCGCGCUGCCGUUUGUGGGCGUGAGAGUCAUCGCGACGCUGGCAUAUGUCGCAUCGGAGAAUAGCUCGCUCAGCGCCGCGACGGGUUCUGUGAUGGUGAAGGUGUGGCUGUAUCUCUUUGAAGAGCUGGCUGCUACGCUCAUUCUGGUGAUCAACGGAAUCCUGGCCAGAAAUGUGAAGAAGCUUGAUCAAGAGACACGGACGCUGGACGUGGAGCAACGACAGGCCUACGAGCGGAAAUAG